AUGAACAAGAACCUAAGAUACGAUGUUGCCAUAAUGAGCAGUAUCAUAUUCAUUCUUAACAUUGAAGCGAUCGUGUAUAUGAGAACUCACAAGAAUAAGGCAAUCGAGAAUGUCGUCUUAGCGUCCAACGCUUACUCGAUAGGAGGCAUCUGUCACACGUCCGGCUUUUGUGUUUUCUUCGGCCUCCUCUAUUCGAUUUCUCCUCACUUGGCUCUAUUGUACCUCGGUCUCCCUUGUUUGCUUUGUUUUGUAGCCGUCAUGAUUGCACCAGGUUGUCCAUAUGUAUGGAAAGGACUAUGCAACAAAGUGCAAGGACUACGAGAUUGGUGGGAGCAUGUGAAUCGACCACAAUCUGUCAGCUAG